CAAAGAAGUCGAAGCCAUACAGUCCUAGUCGAAGCUUAGGAUUAGGUGUUUUUCCUUCUGUAUACUAGAAUUAUCUCAUAUUUCUAGGUUUACUUAACCCUAUUACGUGAAUACUAGCUGCGGGGAAAUUAUAUGAGUUUGGGCUGUGGUGGUCUGUCUCUAAGCCGUACUAGACCUGAACACGGCCAUUUCGCGGCAUGGCAGAUAAAUACGUUAUUCGAGUAACUGCUGGGCCAGGCUACGACUUGGAUCAACACGUCGUAGUACCAGUUAACACGCACGAGCAUGUUAAAAUUAGUAGCGAGUUAAUCGACAUCGACCUCAACGUUCGUGUGCAAAAUUAUCGGGGUCUGCCAAGGAAUUCGCCUACUACGUCUCCUUAUUUCUCUCACGAACCACAUGCUUCCAACAAGGACCAGUACAGCAUAGCCAUUCGCUUUACCCCCAAGAGGCCAGCAAGUGCGUCCAACUCAAAAACUACUUCUACCGAUCCGUCCAGGUCAUCGUCUCCGGAAACUAGCGCGGAAGACGCCAGCGGAGAAUCGACAAACGGUAUAUCCGGGGAAGAUCUCCAAUUUGGCAAUGACUUUGAACAUCCGAUCCGUGAUCGCCUCCCGCCCGGCUUUAGCUAUGCUAUGAACAUCGUAAAAUGGUGGAUCGACCCCGGCCUCGAGGGCGACGCAUACGCAGAUCAGCCAUAUCUAUACGGGCCAGCUCUCUCGUCAUUCAAUUAUAUUCACAUUGGCGCAGGGGAGGUCGAUCCCGAAAAAGGCGGUUUAUGGUUCGAGGAAGGUGGCGAUGAAGACGGGCUGAAAGAGCGAGAGGCUAUCGGCGCUCCAGCAAUAGCGAAAGAUCGCAUGAAAUGGGCUUUGAAGCCAGAAAACAAGAGAAAAUGGCUAUUCCAGUACGAUAAAACGUACUGUUUGGAAUUUUUCAACCCGUAUUUGGAUUUUAGCGAGUUCAGCCUACGCUUACCAGGUUUUACCCUACCAAUAAUGAAGUAUUGGGACGGCCAGAGCUUACGGUCCAAGCCGAAACGCUCACACACCCUUAGAUACACGCUGCGAAACCGGUCAACAAACGAUACCUACCUGGUCGUUGUGUUUACGCUCUACCUGAAGGAAGACGUUAACGAGGAUGGGUCUCUAAAGCCCGCUGCGCUGGAAGCCGCCAAGCAAGACAAGAAGGAGAUGGCUAUCGAGGCGGGAAAGGCGCAGGGGCAAGCGGAAACCGAAGACGUAAGCAAGGAUGAAGACUAUCAAGAAGCUCGCAAGAGGUUUGAGAAACUUGAUGUUCGCGAUGGAGACGGUGGUUCACAGACAGGGAAUGAUGGGGUAGAUUAAACGGGACGCUGGCUUGUCCAUUAUUAGACACAGAUUACAUUAGACUCCUUCCCUACAAGUAAAUCCUUAGAUCCUACCUACUGAACUCGCAAGUUCUGACAGAAUAUAGAUAAAAUCCAAUCAA